UCAAACCAAAAUAUUCUUCCAUCGAAAAUGAUACCCAAUUUGAUUUUUGUUUAAAAUAACUUGAAAGAAUUUGUCAGUUUUUACUCGAAAAAUGCAUUCAAUAAAAAUAACAGUGUUUGUGUGUGUAAUUUUUCUGGUCUCAGAAGCCAAAGAAUUACCCAAAGAAAUCAAAGACAUGGUCAUGAUGAUGACUGAGGAUUGCAGAAAAAACAAUGGCCUUCCCGAUGCCGAAAUGACUAAAAUCUUGGAAGGAAAAUUGUCGGAAACAAAACCGGCGAAAUGCACUCUUACUUGUCUUUUGAAACAAUUUCAUAUGGCAAAAACCAAUGAUAGAUUUCUUGAAGUAGAUUGUGAAGCCGCAAACAGCAUGGCGGCAAUGAGUGGUACCGAUAAAACAAAGCUUGAUAAAGGCAAGGAAAUAUGUGACAUAUGUAAAGCUCCACGUGAAGCCGAUGAAUGUGAAUUCAGCGGCACUUUUGUAAAAUGCGUUUUGAAGGAAGCCACUGCUCGUGGCAUCAAACUUAAUGACAUGUAAAAUGUCCAUUCAGACUUUGAACACUAUGUAAAACAAUGAGUAAUCCUUUCAAUAAAAAAUAUAUCUGAGUUUUUGUGUGAGAAAUAA